GUGGUGCUGGUGUCCGUCGGUGUUCUCUGCGGCUCAGGCUUCUUCUUGAUGUCGGUCUGCUUGGGCGCCGUUCGGUCCUUGCCCGGCCUUCUCCCCGGGGCCGUGAAGUACUAGAGCCCUGCGGGUGCAGUAGUCCUUCGCUGCCAGCAUGUUCGGCCGCUCCCGCAGCUGGGUGGGCGGCGGGCACGGGAAGGCCGCCCGCAGCAUCCACUCCUUGGAUCACCUCAAGUACAUGUAUCAUAUUUUGACUAAAAAUACAACAGUAACAGAUCACAACCGCAACCUGCUGGUAGAGACUAUUCGUUCUAUAACAGAGAUCCUUAUAUGGGGGGAUCAGAAUGACAGCUCAGUAUUUGACUUUUUCUUGGAGAAGAAUAUGUUUGUUUUCUUCUUGAACAUCUUGCGUCAGAAGUCUGGUCGUUACGUGUGUGUACAGCUUCUGCAGACUCUGAACAUCCUUUUUGAGAACAUCAGUCAUGAAACAUCACUGUACUACCUGCUCUCUAAUAACUAUGUAAAUUCUAUUAUUGUCCACAAAUUUGACUUUUCUGAUGAGGAGAUCAUGGCAUAUUACAUAUCAUUUUUGAAAACUCUUUCCCUGAAACUCAACAAUCAUACUGUACAUUUCUUUUAUAAUGAGCACACUAAUGACUUCGCUUUGUACACCGAAGCUAUUAAAUUUUUUAACCACCCAGAAAGCAUGGUCAGGAUUGCUGUUAGGACUAUAACUUUAAAUGUCUACAAAGUGGACAACCAACCUAUGCUGCAUUACAUUAGAGAUAAAACUGCUGUCCCUUAUUUCUCCAACCUUGUUUGGUUUAUUGGAAGCCAUGUGAUAGAAUUGGAUAACUGCGUGCAGACUGAUGAAGAGCACAGAAAUAGGGGCAAAUUGAGUGACCUGGUAGCAGAACAUCUUGAUCAUUUACAUUACCUUAAUGAUAUCCUUAUCAUUAACUGUGAAUUUUUAAAUGAUGUGCUGACAGACCACCUACUUAAUCGGCUCUUUCUUCCCUUAUAUGUGUAUUCACUAGUCAAUCAAGACAAGGGUGGAGAGCGUCCAAAAAUAAGCCUCCAAGUUUCUCUCUAUCUUCUUUCACAGGUUUUUCUAAUUAUACAUUAUGCCCCUUUGGUAAACUCAUUGGCUGAGGUUAUACUUAAUGGUGACCUCUCGGUGUUUUCUUCUAAAGUUGAGCAAGAGGCACAGAAAAACUCGGCAAAGUCAAGUAUCAGAUGUUUCAUAAAACCAACAGAAACACUUGAGAGGUCUCUUGAAAUUAACAAACAGAAGGGGAAGAAGAGAGUGCAGAAAAGACCCAACUAUAAAAAUGUUGGUGAAGAAGAUGAAGAGGAGAGAGGAUCUGAAGAUAACCAAGAUGACCUAGAUAAAACUAAAGGUGUAGAAGCGAGUUCAAAGAGCAUCCGAACAAGCAGUGAAAGUGAAGAAAUAGAGAUGGUAAUCAUGGAGAGGUGUAAACUGUCAGAAUUGCCUAUCUCUACUGUGACUGAACAGAAUACAACAGAUGAAGAAAAGAGUGCAGCCGCCUCUGGGAGUGAGAUAACAAACUGGAACAGGCCUUUUCUUGAUAUGGUUUAUAAUGCACUGGACUGUGCUGAAGAUGAUUACUAUGCCCUCUUUGUGCUCUGUCUUUUAUAUGCAAUGUCACACAACAAAGGAAUUGACCCAGUCAAGCUGGAGAGAAUUCAGCUUCCAGCUCAACAUGCUGAAGAGAGAAAUUCAUAUAACCAUGUACUUGCAGAAGGGCUCAUCAGGAUAAUGAAUUAUGCUGCACAACCAGAUGGAAAAAUCCGUUUGGCAACUUUAGAACUUGGCUGCCUGUUGCUGAAGCAGCUUGUGUUCUCUAGAAACAGCAGCAUCAUAAAAGAUGUUCACCUUGCUUGCCUUGAGGGUGCAAGGGAGGAAAGUAUUCAUCUCCUUCGUCGUUUCUAUAAGGGAGAAGAAAUUUUUCUGGAUAUGUUUGAAGAUGAAUAUCGGAGCAUGACUAUUAAACCCAUGAAUGUGGAGUACUUGAUGAUGGAUGCCUCAAUCUUACUGCCUCCAACGGGGACACCACUGACUGGUAUUGAUUUUGUGAAAAGAUUGCCUUGUGGAGAUGUAGAAAGAACACGAAGAGCAAUCAGAGUUUUCUUUAUGCUCCGUUCACUAUCACUGCACCUACGAGACGAGCCAGAAACUCAGUUACCACUCACAAGGGAGGGAGAUCUGAUAAAGGCGGAUGAUGUUCUUGACUUGAAUAACAGUGAUCUAAUUGCUUGUACAGUCAUAACAAAGGAUGGGGGUCAAGUUCAAAGGUUCCUGGCUGUGGAUAUAUACCAGAUGAGCUUGGUUGAGCCAGAUGUUGCCAGACUUGGAUGGGGUGUUGUUAAGUUUGCAGGCCUUUUGCAGGAUAUGCAAGUGACAGGAGUGGAGGAUGACAGUAGAGCUCUGAACAUCAUAAUUCAUAAGCCUGCCUCAAGUCCUCAUUCUAAGCCCUUCCCUAUCCUUCAGGCUACAUUUAUUUUUUCGGAUCACAUCCGCUGCAUUAUUGCAAAGCAGCGGCUUGCAAAAGGCCGUAUCCAAGCUCGCCGUAUGAAAAUGCAGAGGAUAGCAGUUCUGCUGGAUCUUCCUGUUCAGCCUUCAACUGAAAUUAUGGGUUUUGGACACAGCUCUUCUGCUACAGCCCAACACCUUCCAUUUAGAUUUUAUGAUCAGUCACGGCGUGGUAGCAGUGAUCCUACAGUGCAACGCUCUGUUUUUGCAUCUGUUGACAAAGUUCCAGGUUUUGCUGUAGCCCAGUGUAUAAAUCAGCACAAUCCAUCACCACUCUCAUCACCAUCACCUUCCAGUGGCAGUGGGAGUACAGGGCGCUGUGAUUCAUUGGCUGCAAGUUCAACGUCCACCCCUUCUGCUGCACAGAGCCCAUCAGGUCUGGCAGGAAAGGACGUCGGCGGGUGUUUAGUCUGUCGGAGGCUGACAGUCACGGUGGACACUGGGUUUAGGUCUUCAAGCAGCAGCUGCAACAGAAACUCACGCAAUAUCAAUUCAGAUGAUGCUUCAGCUCCAGAGCAGCCUCAGAUGACCAUUUCUGGUCAGACGAUGUUGACUGAUGAAACUCUUUCAGCUGUCUCAAAGUCUAGCAAGAAUGCUGUAAAGAACAGUGACAUAGAAACAGCAAACCUUUCUCCUAGCCUGAUUCCUGCACAGCAGCCCACAAUAUCAUUAAUAACAGAUGACAAUACGGAUGCACUUAGUGUAGAGUCACUCACACUGGUGCCACCAGUUGAUCCACAGAGCAUUCGAACAUUCAGCUGCAUUCCUCAGUCCUCUUUGCAAUCUGAAGCUGAAGUAUGCAAGGUAAAAGAGGUGGAGGAAGAAUGUUCUGACUAAAGCCAACCUGCAGACUGUGAUAAACAGUGAGCAAAUGCAACCAAAUUCUUUGUUGUUUUUCCUUUGGGAGUGCAGGUACUUCUUGAAGCCUCAGAGGCAGUCUGGUCCACCAGAAGAGGCCCAUCAUGAAAGAGAAUGUGGGCAACUUUUAGAGUAAACAUCAGAUACUCAGCAUAUUUAAACAGGAGACAAAAAAGCCCAACUUUUAAAUCUGGACUAGUUAUUUCCUACUCAUUUGUGUUAUACAAGAACAUGAAAGUAUUUCAGAGCACUUACUUUCUUUCUAGUGUAGAGUUCCAGCUGCAGGAACUAAGUUAAUUGUAAAAAGUCUACAGUAUUAUAGCAAAAUUAAGACAUUUUUGGAUAACUGGCUUCGGGAUAUUGUAUCAUUACUUCUCUGAAACUGGAGAUAUACCACUGACCAGAAAAAAAUUAUAUAUUGUAGUACAGACAUAACAUUUCCAUUUGAGACAUGGUGUGUUUUUCAGCUUGGGCUGUUUUGUUGUUUGUAUCUCAAAAUCCUGAUCAUUCAUUUUGUGGAGGCCUGCACGAUACCAGCAGGAUUGGCCACUUUCAGUAUUGUCUUUGUUAGGAUGUUAGGACUCCAGUCUUUAUACUAGUUUUCCAUGUAUAAUAUUUAUUUCCAGCUUUGAUCCAAAGCAAGAUAUAUAUAAAAUGAUUUUUUUUUUAAGGUAAAAGCCUAAAAUUUAAUGACAAAUGCUUAUACAAAUUAACAGAAGGGAGUUUUGAGACUACUUCAGUCUUUGGUUAAUCAACUACAGAGAAAUGUGAAAUAUCUUAUGAGAUUGCUAUAACUUGUUUCUUUGCUUCUGACAGUCAAAUUGCUACACUUCUGAGGAGUCAUGAUAUCCUUUCUAUUAAAGGACAACUUCUAGAUAGAAGCAGUUUAAAGAGGUUUUUUAAAUUUUUCGUUUUCAUGUAGGAAGGAGGUCAUCACAUCAAACUGAUAAUUCCUUUCCAGGUCUGAAACUUGAAAGGUAUUGUGUAGUUCUUUUCCUGUCUGGGAUAGUAUCGUAGUUAAACAACAUUGCUACAUAAAAAUAACUCUGAGUUUAUGCUUGCCUUACUUUGCUGCCUAGAUCCUGCUACCAAGUUAACAGUAGUGAAAAAGUGUUGAUUAAUGUUUUGGACUAUUUGGAAUGUUCUUUGCUGAUUUGAUACAUAAUUUAACAUUAAUGGAAUUUGAGAUUUCUCAUCAAUUUCCAUGUGUGUUAAUUAAAAUUAGUAAAAUGGGCAGACUUUCACUAUUACUCUGCUCCUAACAUUGAGUGCUUUCUAGCUGCCAAAGAUUGAAGGCUACUGUUUACUUGGUAUUAUGAUUUCAGUCAUCAGUGCAAUCUGUUUCCUCAUUCUGUCUCUACUAACAUUGAUUUCAUAUCAAGUAGGUGAAUCUGGAAAGUUUUAACCUACUUCACAGUCUCUUACUUUACCACUUCCUGGGCUGUCACAUGGAAUACUUGAUGGGAUUCUAAAAGUUAUAUUUAUGUAUGAGAUUGGCUGACUAAUCCACAAGUGUAACUUUUGUCACUUCUUCAGUCUCUUCCUUCACUUAAUCCUUGUAAAACGUGUAUACAAGGUGUCUUCUGUUGAACACCAGCAGGAUUUUUUUCUUCACUUACUAAUUUUUGCAUGCAAUUCUGCUGAUUUCUAGUUUUCUGUGACUUCUACUUUGUCUCAAAUUGGUUUAACCAAUAUUCCAGCCAUUCCAGAGUGACCCAAAUUCUAAAUGAAUUCUGAGAAUUGGGUGUCCUCAGCACUGCUAUGGAUAUGGGAUGAGAAUUUGGAAAUGCUGGAGUAAGAGCCUACUUUUAUUUUUCAUCAUAUGCUUAGACACAGUUGGAAUUUUCCUUGAGGUCGCUUGGUAAGGAAAAUUUGGGAAUAUCUUCCAGAAUUAAUUUAUCCUUAUCCAGUAUUGUUGCUAAAGAACAAGUGUGUGACAUUUAAAAACUCUUCUUCCAUAUCCAGAAUUUAAGACUCAAAGCUAGAUCACUAUUCAGAGUUUAAGUGAAUGUCCAGCAAUUCAUAUGACCCUUUUGUCUAACAGAGAUAGAAUAUAGGGGGAAAUAAUGGGGCUUUUUUGUAGGUUUGAAGUAUUUUUGUGUGUAGAAUUUGAAACUGGUGGUUAAAAUAGUUUGUUUGUAGCAAAACCAGCAACUUUAAGACUGAAAUUACUGGUGAGGUUUUUUUCCUUAUUAAGCAGUAACUAUAAUUUCCACACUUCCUGCACGUGGCCUGGGAUGAUUACUUUAAACAAUCUAAGAAUUCAGUAUUUUUCCUGCAGUUGAGUGUCAUUUUGCUAGUAGUAAAUUAAACUUCAAGCAGUAUGCUUGAAGACAUAGGUAAGCUAUCAGACAAGCAAGGCAAACUGUAUGUAUAAGUACAAAGCCACUUUGUGAAAGUAAACACUUUAAUACCAUGGGCUGCCAGUGCUCUGGUGUAAUCAGUCACUCCUUUUGCUGCAUGCAGUAUAGGUAAUGACUACAGAAUAGCCUAAUGCAUAGUUUCAGUGACCUGCACGUAGUACUCUUAAAAAAACCCCAAAACACAAGGCUAAACAUUCUGAUGUUGUCUUCACUAACCAGCUAAAGUUAAAAGGGGAGUUGCUUUUAAAAGAGCAUUGACAAGCAGCUGCUAUAUAGGAAACUGUUAGUCAAUUGAGUCAAAGGAACAACACGCAGGGCCAUUAGUAUCAGUGAAAUCUAGACAUUGUGCCUCAAAGAUAAUGAGUCUCCUUGAUGAGUCUUCUUAUUUUUAGGCAACCUAAUGUUAGGCAUCUAAAUGUAAGUUGAAGAUCUUCUUUCGGUCUGUUACUCUUCUUGAAACAAGUUUUUGGUAUGUCACUGUUUAACCAUCACUGGCUUACCGUAGGCUGUCACUAACCUGGGCAUUGCUCUUCUGUUUCCUAGAAGUCUUUGGAGCGUUUCUCCUGUGCUUGCCUGCUCUAUUGCUCUGACCUUUCCCAACAUUUGCAGCAUGCAUUAGAAAGAAAUACAAUAAUUCUUACUGUCUCCGAAUAAUAACUCUUUCUUACUGUCUCCUGUUGGCUUCUGAAAAGCAGAUAGUGAUCCAAGCAGGGCUUGUGGGGGUGGAAUGUUUUUAGGGAUGGGUGGGGGGAAAGUGCUUGAGUUUUUUCCUGCUGCUCAGGACUUUCUGAGCAGCAAUGAAGACAUGGGAGAUGCAGUUCUGGACUGUUAAACAGAAGGUUCUUUCAUAUGGAAAUGUAUUUUUAUAUUACAUUUGUACAGAAUUUUCCCUAUUUUGAUCUCCCAAAUUUUUAGACUUGUGCAUUGCUCAGAUUUGAUUUCUUUUGCGAAUUGUUAUAAAAUAUGUAUUUUGUUUGUUAAUGUAUUAUUACUGUAAAACUGCGUUUUGCUUGUGUAAUAAAUGUGCAGUAUCUGGUUUAUUGUUUUGCUAACUUGAAUUCAUUCUUAAUAUGAAAAGGCAAAACUUGAGUCAUUGUUAGCAUAAAUGUGUGGAGUGCAUUUACUAAAAAGGGCUUAAGAAGCAGGUAAUGACUAAGUAUACUUGUUGAUAACAGAAGUUAGAGUUCAAUAAGGUGCAGACUAGUAUAUAGCAUUCCCAGGAUUCUAUUAGAUUGCAGUCUUAAGAUACGUGAGGGCUGUUUUUUUCAUCUUGUUCCCCAUUACUUUCUGGUUAUGGGUACUCAUACUAAAGUGAGUUUAAGACACAAUAAGUACUGUCUUAUAACCAAAGUAUGUAUGAGCAGAUGAGAAGGUCUGAGAUUUUGUGUUCGGGUGUGUUUAAGAACUAAGUGUGGCAGAAAUAUGUACAAUGAACAUGAAGAUCAUUUUGAAAAGGAUUGAGAAUAGAUUCACGGGUGCCAGGUUUAGAGAGUCUUAGAAUUUCUCAGAGCUUUGUUUUGCCCAGUGAUAGCACUGAAUAAUACCUUGUUACAGCUCUAGGGGACCUGCUAGAAGCAUUUUAGGGGAUAACUUGAAGCAUCUCCACUUGUGAAUAGGUGUAUGGAUAAUUUUGUUCAAACUUUUUACUUCAUUUUGAGCUGGUUUGUAAGUUUGAUUGUUUCAAGUGCAAAGAGGAGGAAAUGUAUUUUUCUAGAAGAAUGAAUGCACCUGGGACUUAAACACUACAUAAAGCAUUUGAUGAGCAUGAAGGACUGUCUUCCUAUGGGAUGUAUUUUAGUGAAGUUGUGUCCAAAAUGUACUUCAUUUGAAAAAAAAAAGAAAAAGUCCUGAACAGGCACUUACAUUGACAUUGAAAAAAGCCCAAACACAGGGUGAAUGGAAAUCUGAAAUGUCUUUCUACAGGCAAUAAGUAUUAAUUAUUUAAUGUAAGUUAUGUUAGACAUUUAGAGCAAAUGUGACAAUAUCUUAUGUUAAUUUAAAGAAAAAUGUAAAUAAAUGUCUGAGAAGGGAGCAAAAUUAGAAAAUACUGGUGUAUGUUUCUGACAGAUUUCUAUAGCUGAGUCUGUAUUUGCUGGCAUUAAUCAUGUGUUGUGGCUAUUGAAAACCUGGGCAAGAAUGAAAAAUAGACCUUUCUUUGUAAACGGAACUUGGCAAUAAAAAUGGUGUUACUAAGAAAA